AUGGUGCUGGGAGUGGGGGUGCGGGGGCUGGUCCGGGCGCCCCACCUGGUGCCCGGGGUAGUCUGGGCGCCCGGCUCGGGUUGCCCGCCUCCUUCCCUGCUCCCCCUCUACGGGAACAGGGGCGAGGGCGGCAAACGCACCGAGACCGGGGCCAAAGGGACGGGACAUCCCGGGACGGGAGGUAACAUCCCGAAGCCGCUCGAACUUGCAGAGCCCCUGCCGAGCCCCUCCCGGUCGCCCCAGGCCGAGACACCGCGAGCGGCGGCACGGGGAGAGCGAGCCGGGCCGGUGGGGGGGAAAGGAAGUGGCGGCCGCGGCCGCGCACCCGCCACGCUCUGCCGGCGGGGGAACACGCCGCUCGGCGCCCAGAGCGGGGACGCGCCGCCCGGGCCCCCCGCGCGCCGGGACAAGGACAGUGACAAAGCCCCGGGGCCGGGCCCAGCGCUGGCCGGCGGGAAGGAAGACCCGGCGUCCCUCCCGGGCGGCGGCGGCGGCCCAGCGCCCAGGAAGCCGGGCGUGCCGGCCAAGCCCGGCGCCCAGCCCGCUCCCUGCCCGCCCGCCGGCACCCGGCGCCCGCCACCUCUCCCCCAGCCCCGCGGGCCGGCGAGCCCCAGGACCGCCGCGGGGCGCCCCAUCAAGUUUCCUCCUGCCGCCCGGCCGGGGCGCGGGCGCGGGGCGCAGGCAGCCGGCGGCGGCGGUUCCUGCUUAUUCACACCGGAGGCUGCCUGGGGAGAGGCGCCGCCGCCGGGCACCGAGAAGGACCCGCUCCCGUCCUUCGGCUCCGGUGGCGACGACGGGGGGAAAGGAAGUGGCGGCCGCGGCCGCGCACCCGCCACGCUCUGCCGGCGGGGGAACACGCCGCUCGGCGCCCAGAGCGGGGACGCGCCGCCCGGGCCCCCCGCGCGCCGGGACAAGGACAGUGACAAAGCCCCGGGGCCGGGCCCAGCGCUGGCCGGCGGGAAGGAAGACCCGGCGUCCCUCCCGGGCGGCGGCGGCGGCCCAGCGCCCAGGAAGCCGGGCGUGCCGGCCAAGCCCGGCGCCCAGCCCGCUCCCUGCCCGCCCGCCGGCACCCGGCGCCCGCCACCUCUCCCCCAGCCCCGCGGGCCGGCGAGCCCCAGGACCGCCGCGGGGCGCCCCAUCAAGUUUCCUCCUGCCGCCCGGCCGGGGCGCGGGCGCGGGGCGCAGGCAGCCGGCGGCGGCGGUUCCUGCUUAUUCACACCGGAGGCUGCCUGGGGAGAGGCGCCGCCGCCGGGCACCGAGAAGGACCCGCUCCCGUCCUUCGGCUCCGGUGGCGACGACCCUCAGCAGCCCGAGGAGCAGCAGCUAGAGCAGAGCCUGCUUCCCCCAAAACCCGACGAUCCAUAA